AUGUGUAGGUAUUUCCAUACCAUUUCACGUUAGAAAAAUUUAUUCACAUAAAAUAAAAAAUAAAUGGUUUGUCAAGCAAAGAUUUCAACAUUAUUCACGAAGACUUUCAGCCUUAGCUGAUGAUCAAAAGAGUACGGAAAAACUGUUGUACGAGCAAGAAAGGUCAGAGUACGAGAAUUCAUCGAGAUGUCAGGAUGGUAACACUACCCAAACUGACCUUUCGAAAGCAGUAGAUACAUUUUUACUGUUUACUCGCCCUUAUGCUUCAUAUGGCAUUAUUGUUGGGAUAAUAUUAGCUUCUCUUUUUCCGAUAGAAACUAUUAGUGAUAUUUCCCCCAAAUUUUUGUUGGGAGUACUCCAGGCUGUGGUUGCAGCAAUGUUGAUGCAAACUUAUGUUAGUGGAAUAAACCACUUGUAUGAUGUUGAAAUUGACAAGAUUAACAAAGAUCAUUUCCCUUUGGCUUCUGGAGAUUACUCAACUGAAACUGCUUGGGCCAUUAAUUGUGCAGUAACCUUGCUGAGCUUUGGUAUCGGAUUUAUGUCUCAAUCAAAAGCACUUUUGUGUGGCCUGCUCAUACAUUUUAUAACUGGAAGUAUAUAUUCCAUUGAUCUUCCUUUUCUUAGAUGGAAAAGAAAUCCCAUACUUGCAGCGGUCAGUCUUAUGUUUAUACACAGUGUCUGUGUUUAUAUCCCUUAUUUCAUAAAUGCCCAGAGAUACUUACUUGGAAGGUCAAUUGUGAUUUCAAAGUCAGUGAUACUUACAACAGUUCUAAUGUGUGUACAUUCUAUUGCUAUCACAAUAUUCAAGGACAUAUCAGAUACAGAAGGAGACAGACAGAAUGGCAUACAAACUUUCAGCACUGAACUUGGAAGAGAAACAGCAUUCUUUCUUGGCAUCAAUGUUCUUUUAAUAGAAUAUGGAAUUGCUAUUAUAGUAGGAGCUUCUUCUGCGUCGACUUUAUUCCUCAAGUUUGUCUCUGUAGCAGGACAUGGUUUGCUUGCUUUAGCUCUAUGGGUUCGUUCUAGAUCUGUUGAUGUUAUGAACAAUUCAUCAGCAUUUUCCUUUUACAUGUUCAUUUGGCAGUUAUACUAUGCUGGGAAUGUCCUCUUACUAUUUUAUCGUUGAGAAGAA